GCGCAUUGGGGUGCCGCCCUCGGGAAGUUUUGAUCACCUGUCGUCGCGGCUGGCGAAUUCGCUCGUGGGCAACGCGGAAGAAGACGGCGUGCUCGAGUUCCUCACGGUCCGUGGCCCUACUCUGAAAAUGUGGCGCGACAACGUACUCUGCGCCGUCACGGGGCCGGACUGCGUAGUGAAAGUAACGGAGGCCGGUGCGGACGCGACGUACUACCCGCAAUUCUCUCAGUUUCGCCUUAACAAGGGCGAUGUCCUGAACAUUUCGCGCUACAGCUCCGCAAAGCCGCCCCAGUUUGACGGCGCCAGAGGGUACAUUGCGUUUUCCGGAGGUAUCCAAGUGCCGCUCUACUUGGGAAGCCGGUCGACGUUCGUGAACGGCGAAUUUGGGGGCUUUCGUGGCCGCAGUCUGAAAAAGGGCGACAUGGUGCCGCUCGCGGACGAGGCCGAAAAGACGGUUCUUUGCACGACCUCCCCGACUAGUACUUCUGCUGCGACAAGAACAUCGGCCGGAUUGGAAACGGAACAUCAACCGCUGGCACUAGCGAAAUACCUCCCCGAGGAGAACUGGCCGAAGUAUAGCAGCAGUUGGAAGAUUGGUGUGCUGCCGGGGCCGCGCGCCAGCCCAGACUUCAUGCUGAAGGAGGACAUUGAGAUGCUGCACGCCACGGAAUGGAAAGUCCACCACAACAGCAACCGGCUCGGAAUCCGGUUGAACGGGCCGAAACCCACCUGGGCCCGGCCGGACGGCGGCGAGGGCGGGUCCCAUCCUUCGAACAUCCACGACGAAGAGUACGCGGUGGGGACCAUCAACUUCACCGGCGACAUGCCCAUCAUCAUUGCGCACGACGGCCCGAGUCUCGGGGGGUUUGUUUGCCCCAUCACCAUCUGCCAGAGCGAGCUGUGGAAGAUCGGGCAGGUGAAAGCCGGCGACUCGGUGCAAUUUCAUCUGUGGGACCUGGAGAAAGCGAUGCGGGAACGGAUCAGUCAGGACUUCCUGGUGAAGCACCUGCGCCCCUUCACGGGGUUCGACGCGUCGAUUGUUCCCCGACCGAAGCUCAGCGAGCUGCUGUUCCCGGCGUUCGACGAGGAGACCUUUGCGCUGGAGAACACCGCCGUUUUGUACAAGAGCAAAACAGUAGAGAACGAUGCUGGGAAUGCGGGCGGUGCCGCCGACGGGCACCAGCAUCCGGGGAUCGCCGUGCGCAUGCAGGGCGACCGUCAUGUCCUAGUCGAGUACGGCCCCAUGCUGCUGGACCUGCGGAUCCGGGUGCGCGUCCACUUCCUGGAACAGAACCUGCUGGCCGCAAAGGUGGACGGGCUGGAGGAGACCGCGCCGGGUGUGCGGUCACUGCAGAUUCGCUAUUCCCCCCUGAAGAUCCCGCUCGCAAAAUUGCUGCAGGUCAUUCUGUUUUGCGACCAGCAGAUCGGCGACGACCUGCGAGACAAGGCUGUGAAGACCCGGGUGUUCUACCUGCCCAUGGCCUACGACUCCAGCGGGUGCGCGAAGGCGAUGGACAAGUACUCGCGGUCAAUCCGCGACGACGCGCCGUACCUGCCCUCCAAUCUGGACUACGUGGCGAAGAACAACGGGCUGUACAAGACAAACGCCGACGGUUCGAAGGUCCCUGACCAGCAGGAGGUACACAAGCGUAUCUUUCGCGCCUCCUACAUGUGCCUGGGCCUGGGCGACGUGUACCUGGGGGCGUGCUGCGCGGUGCCGGUGAAUCCGCUGGACCGGAUGAUCACGACGAAAAUGAACCCGGCGCGGACCUGGACGGAGGAGGGCACGGUCGGGCUGGGUGGCGCGUACAUGUGCAUCUACCCGAUGUACUCCCCGGGCGGGUACCAGCUGGUGGGCCGCACACUGCCCAUCUGGAACUCGUACGCCCUCGGCGCGACGGAGAUGUUCACGCCGGAGAAGCCCUGGCUGCUGGAAAUGUUCCACCAGAUCCGGUUCUACGAGGUCUCGGAGCCCGAGUUGGACCAGCUCCGCGAGGACUUCCGGGCCGGCUCUUUUGUGCCCAAGGUCGAGACCGAGGACUUCAACCUCGCACAGCACCAGGAGUUCUUGCGGGAACACAAGGAAGAAAUUGCCGCCUACCAGGCCCAGCAGAGGAUCGCGAUGGCGGAACAGAACGAGGAGGAGAGACUCAGCCAGAUCCGCCUCAGUGCGAAGGGUACAACUUCUGCAGGAGCAGAUGUUGUUGACCAUAAGGAGGACCACGUCGGCGGCGCGACCUCCGACAUGGACGCGCAUCUCGGAUUGGCGGGCGAGAAAAACGUGCAAUUGGUCGAUGCGUACGUGAGCGGGAGCGUGUGGGCGAUUCCGGUCCAAGUUGGGGACGAGGUGAAGGCCGGAGACACGCUCGUGGUCCUGGAAGCCAUGAAGAUGGAGAUUCCAGUGACGGCGACGGUCGCCGGGAAGGUCGCGAAAAUCUUCGUGACCACGGGGCAAAUGAAAGAACAGGGCGACCCGCUUGUGGCGAUCGUCGUGCCGACCAGUAGUAGCAGUCUUGCCACCACGGCAACAACAUCCUCCUCGGGCACCUUCAAAGUGGUGGAAUCUUCCGGCUCCUUCAAAACCGUGGACUCCAGCAGUGCCUUCCGCGUCGUGGAGGACGGGCAACAUGCGGACGAGGUUCUGGUCGCGAAAGCCCUCGCGAGCAUGGAAAUUGCCGACCUGCACGAGGCCUACCGGAAGAAAUUACUGACGCCCGUCGACGUCGUUGCGCAUCUGUUUGACAGUACCAUGACCGCGUACGAAGAGGAAGUGGAGAAUUCCGGCAACAUUUGGAUCUCGAAGGGCACACGAGACCAAGUGCUGCAGACGGUGCGCUCGGACGUGCUGCCGAAAUUCGAGGAGUUUCCGCCCUUGUACGGUAUUCCGUUUGUUGUGAAAGACAACUACGACGUGGAGGACUGGGACACGACGUGCGCCUGCGUCGAGUACCGGCGGCGCGCCACCGAAACCGCGGAAUGCAUUCAGCAACUGCUGGACGCCGGGGCCAUUUUGUUGGGGAAGACAAACUUGGAUCAGUUCGCUACGGGUUUAGUCGGGACGCGGUCUCCCUUCGGCGCCUGCGCGAAUCCGUUCGAUUCGCGGUUCAUCAGCGGGGGGUCUAGCUCUGGGUCGGCGGCGGCGGUCGCCCUGCGGUUUGCAACGUUCUCGCUGGGGACGGACACGGCCGGAAGUGGUCGCGUGCCCGCCAGCUACUGCAACAUCGUGGGGCUGAAACCGUCCCGAAACCUGAUCUCCAACCACGGCAUGGUCCCCGCGUGCAAGACGCUGGACUGCGUGUCGGUCUUCGCUCUGUGCUGCCAGGAUGCGCUCACCGUGCUGGAGACCUUGAAAGCGAAAAAGUCUGCUGGCAAAACCCCCUCGGAAACCGACCCGGGGGCUACGCCGAGCACCACCGUGUCGCCGUUCAUCAAUGGCGCUACCAAUGCCGCUCGCAGCGACGGUGUGUUUCCCUUCGUGCCGCCGGUCCGCGUGAACGUGCCGGAGGGAGAAGUGAAAUCGCCGAAAGCUAUUGGUGCCGCGUCGUCCCCAAAAAAGGACAUCGGUCGUCCCGCUGGCCCCUUGCUGCUGGAUCUGGCCGAUGAACAUAAAAAGCCGUUUUGUUUCGCGGUUCCGGAUGUGGUGAAGUUUUUCUGCGAAAAGGGCGACGCAAGAACUCAGAUGCAAGGAUUGUUUGAUCUCGCGGGAACGCUGUUGCAGUCGGAGUUGAUGCAGGGAAAGAGGAAGCAGGUAAGUCUCCAGCCUUUCGUGGAAACGGCGGAACUCUUGUACCAGGGGCCGUGGGUCGCGGAGCGCGCAGUGGCGGUGGAAGAAGCGGGCUGCCUGAACGCGAUGCUACCGGUCACGGCGAAAGUGUUGAGUACCGCGGAGAAGCACUCGGCUGUGGACUGCUUCAAGGCGUUCUACCGGCUGGAAGAACUGAAAGCGAAGUGUAUGGCGCAGUUGGAGGACGUCGAUUUUCUCCUCCUGCCCACCGUGCCUACUUGCUGGACCAUCGCUGAAGUUGAUGCGAACCCGGUGGAAACCAACACACAAAACGGGUACUACACCAACUUCAUGAACCUGCUGGACCUGGCCGGGGUUGCCCUUCCUAUGGGAUUUUUGCAGUUGGAGGACGGUGCGAAAAUUCCGUUUGGCGUCACGCUUUGCGGUAAGUCCGGCACCGAUCAGAUGCUGCUGUCCUACGCGAAUCGCCUCAUGACAAUCAACAAGGCUUCCGCGGGUCGGACUGGCCGAUGAGAAUUAUUGUGCUGAAAAUUUUUUCUACGAAAAAAGACGUAAAUUCAAUUUAUUACGCAGUAAAACCUCAACCCACCGCUAGAUAUGUACCGUUUUCUGGACUAGCAAGAGAAGGAAAACGCAAAACGCAGAAAAAUCGAUGUGGCCUGUAGUCCAUCGCAGCAUGAGUCUCAUCAUUUGCGCACCUCUUUAUCCGUUUUUGGCGUAGUCACGGUUUUGGAUCUCUCGUACGUUGAGUUUCAUAAAUUUUCGGGCGACGGUCCUACACAAUCGAAAUUGAAAAUUUAUUUUCAAACGAAGAACAGGAAGACGUGCUGAAGUUGUAUUUUCACAAGGUCAUCAUGCAGGUCUGCGUCUGCCUUCAACUUCAUUUUCCCCAUCUUUGUCUGUUGCUUGUUGCCACGAAAUUGACAAAACACAAUGACAAUCUGUUGCUUCUAGGACAGAGGUAAGAACAGCAAACGCUUCUUUCUCGGCCACCAUUAAAGGAGGUCGCAGGUUGGCGUAUCUACAGUAUCACCUUUCCUUUCUCUACAGUAUGAGUAUCACCUUUCCUUUCCUUUGUCUGGUUUUACUGCCUGCACAAAUCGGAAGUCCGAGUCCAUACAUAAUUUUCCUCCUACACUACCGAUAGAAAAUUUUCCGAAUACUUGUUGAUAGAUAACGUCGCGAGGUCGUCGAUUUGAUCACAUAAACAGUUUUUCGAAAGUUGCAGUUUUGGAUAAGUUUGAUUGAAAAAGCACCUUCUUCCUAUCGUCUUGGGCUUGUGCAAAAGCACCACAUAGAGUCUGUGUAGUGCGUACAUCUCAUUUGUUUCUUAAUCUUUGGGAGGACGACUGUAGAAAUAGAACGGGCACAGAAUAUGAAUAUCAUACAUUGACGUUUUGACGAGCAUUACCUUUACCUGGAUGGAGACUACCAUGAUGAAGUUUUCGUUUUGAAUAGUAUAAGCGUAGCCGACGUACCGCGUACCAACGUAGUAAAUUUUCAGGCUGUCGAGUUGUCGCUCCAGGCUGUAAAUAUUUUUCCGUGGCUUCCAAUGAAACCUGAACACUACACAUGGCACCUCCCAUGGUUGAUGGCGACGAAAAGUUUCUAGUUACUUUCUAUAUGCUCUACUAAGUACAAGCUACGAUCAUCCAGACUCACGACCAUUGUCGGCAUUAUAGAAGUCUUCAUUUGUAAUUGUACGCUAAUUUGGAUUUUCCUGCUUUGACUCUGUGUUUCUUUGUUCUGUGUCCAUUACGUUGUGGAUCCGCGGAAGGAAAAAAAAGGGCUGUAACAAGGAAGUUUCGUUUGGAUUUGAUACCCGGCGCAAACCUGAAAAACGCCAGAAGAUUCGUGGGCAUCGUCGAUA